GGUAUAAAAGGCGUGAGAGCCACAGCCACACUGUCAGUCCCGCCGCCACAAUAGGAGUUACAGGUUGUGUUCUGCCACCUUGUGAAGACUUGUGACAACGAUGGGUUCCCUGGCCUUCACCUCCGCCCUCCUCCUCCUGCUGGUGGCUUGUGGCCCUCUAGUGUCCGCUAAACGACCAAGGCCUCGGUGCUCGGACGUGUGCACAGCUGACUACCGCCCGGUGUGUGGUACAGACGGCCAGACUUACAGCAACUCCUGUGCCCUGAAAAUCAAAGCCUGCAAUAACCCUCAACUCAAACUCAAAGUCGCUUAUGAAGGAAGUUGUCGCCCAGCAAAUCAAUGCCCGGGUGCCUGCCCAUAUAACUACGACCCUGUGUGUGGCACAGACGGGAAGACUUACGGUAACGCAUGUGGCCUGGGAGUCGAAGCCUGCAAGUUCCCUCACCUUAAUCUCAAAGUUGAUUACAAAGGAGAAUGUCGAGACUCGAACCCUAGCCAGCAGAGAAGCCUUCCAGCAACUGGCAUAACAGGUUAGAUUCAGGCCAGCCUUGAGAAGACUUCCAGAGAUCGUCCUGUCAUUUCCGGCAAUUAUCGGAGAAGACUUACAGAUUUACCACCACUGUGAGAGCUUUGGCCACAACUCCUCAGUAGCCGUCCACCACCUCGCCUCGGCACCGGCACUCUCUGCAACGCCAGUAGCACCGCUCUGUGUACCACUUUGUUAACUGUACCACUAUUUUGAUUCUCAUUAAUUAUGUUAAUAAAACUGGAAUACUG